AGCCGUCUGGGCUCCAGGGCUUCGUGCUUCGAGCCAAGACUCCUCGAGGAGAGCAGGCCCCACGCCCCCGCACACGGGCACCCCGCGACGGAGAAACGACGAUGGCGGCCUCCUCCAGGGCUGCGUCGAUCGCGCUCUUCGCCCUGGCGCUGCUGUGCCAGCCAUGCGCCACCGCCGACGCCGACUGCAAGGCCGAGGAGCGGGAGGACGAGGCGGCGCUGCUGCAGGCCGAGUCCGCCGCCCGCCGCUCCGCUGCUCGCCGCUCGUCCGCGGCGGGCGCGGGCGGCCACGCGCAGGCCGCCAACAGCACCAGCGGUGCCGUGAGCGACGCGGCGUCGCAGAAGUGCGGCGUCAUCUACAUAGCAGACAGCUGGACGUGCUGCAAGGACGCCCAUGGCAACGGGAUCGGCGCCGCCCCGGGCAGCAUCUGCUGCCGGUCCCCGGUCACCGGGGGCGUCCUCGCCUGCGGGGCGGGCAGCGUGUGCAACCCGAGCUCGGAGCUGGACGUGCUGCAAGGACGCCCAUGGCAACGGGAUCGGCGCCGCCCCGGGCAGCACCUGCUGCCUGUCCCCGGUCACUGGGGGCGUCCUCGCCUGCGGGGCGGGCAGCGUGUGCAACCCGAGCUCGGGCCUCUGCUUCGCCCCUGGCUCGUCGCUCUGUGGUCCCGUCGCCUGCGCUCCCGGCACCGUGUGUACGGAUCAGAACACUGGCAUCUGCGUCGUGCCGGGCACGGCGGGCACGGCGGGCCCGACCGACAGUGCCGGCUCGGAGGCUGAUGACGCCACCAACGGCACCGCGGAGUGAGCUUCGUUCGCCCCCCGCGCCGCAGGCGCCGGCACGCACUGCCAGUGGCAGGCCGCCAGCAGCAUUGACGGUGCCGCCGAGGCCGCGUGUGACGUGCUGCCUGGACGCGGAGGAGGGACGAGGAGGAGGAGGAGGCCGCCUGUCCCCGCCAGAUCGUCCCGCCGCGGGCCUCCUCCCGGAGCCUCGGCCGCGGGCGCUCCGCGCAAAGUCGCGAAGAGGUGCGCGCUUGGCGUCCUGGCAGGCGUUGCGAGCUCCGCGUCGGCGCCGGGCGGGCGGGCGGAGCUCGUGGCCCCCGUUCGUAAGGGGAGUUCCCCAGUUUUGGCCGUACACUUCGCCUUGGGCUCGACUCGUAUCGCCCCACUCUCCAGGCUCC